AUCUGACACUGAUCAGAAUCAUUAGAAGCUUGACAUACAAAAAGUACAACAACAACAACAAUACCUACUCCACUAUGUCGAUAAAUACUUAAUACAUUUUUACAUAAAAUUCAGUAUUACUUAGUAGACGAAUUAUUUUCCCGUGGGUGUUAAAAAGGGCAUUAUAUUUUAAAGCGUUCUGAUCGAGUAUAUUUAUGUGAAAAAUAUUGAAUACAAUACAGUUUACAAAUGGUUGUAAUGCUAGUCAUUCAAACGCCCAAUGGACGGACUUCGUGUCAAAUAAGUAAACACAAAGUUUUUCAUACGUUUUUGGAGAUGUCAUAGUAUAUUGACUGUCGUGACACAAUACAAUGGAUACAGAGGCUAAUGAACAGCUGGAAACCUUCAGGAAACAAUGGAAAAAGGAACUGUCUAGAAGACGUAAAGCAGAAAAAAGCCUUUCCAAGUCACUAAGCCAAGUCACCAAAGUUGUUGCAUGUAAGGACAUUCCAUCAGAAGUUCCUAUCUUUGUUCCAUGUACAGAGGCUCAAUGUGCAAUUGACAACACCAAUAGACAGGGAACCAAUAGAUGUAAUGGUAAUGAUGAUCUUAUAUCGUCUUGCUUGAUAAGCGUCAAAACUUCACCCGCUGUGAGAGAACACUUGCUCAAUUUCCCAUCAGCCUCAUGUGGAAAUGAUAAUUGUCAUGGCAACCAUAUAAUACAUAUAUCAUCAGAUGGUUCGCCAGAAAUAAGAUCACCAAAAAGGCAUUCAGGCGCAGAGUAUACAAAACAUAAAUUGAAAAGAUUGAAACAUCAGAAGCUUGAAGAUAUUUUCUUGGAAAGGCAGACCUCUGAUGUUCCUAUGGAAAGGUUGCUUGACCGUCUUAUAUCAGAUAUCGAUGAAGUCACAGAAAUUCCAUUUUUUGACAUUACCUUGCCAAAGGAAGUUGCAGUGAACAUAUUUCAGUACCUCAGUAUGCAAGAUUUAUGCCAUUGUGCCCAGGUCAGUAAAAGCUGGAACAGACUUGCAGAAGAUGAAUUGUUAUGGUGCAAGAUAUGUCACCAGCUGGGCUUUGAAAAAAUCUACACAACACGAGAAAAAACUAAUUGGAAGAGCGUUGUUCAACACAAUGUGAAACGGGAACAGACUUUAGUGUUAAAUUGGAAGAACUUCAAUGGAAAGGUGUCAAGUCUAGAGCAUGUGAAAGGGAAGAUACUAACUGCCGUACACUCCUUCAGAGACACUAUUGUGGCAGGGUACACAAACGGUGAUGUAAAGCUGUGGAACCUGUCCACAGAUGAGACUGUGUUGUUCCAACCAUCUUCAACAUCGUUGCUCAUUAGAGAGGAGAAUGAAGCAGACAGCAGUUAUGUUCAGACGAAUAUGGUCCAUUCUGUACAGAUUGCAGGAUCAGUCACUGCGGCUGUUUUUACUCAUGGUAACAUAGAUAUCUGGGACAUGCAGUCUGGUUCCCAAGUUUUGCAGACUCAUCACCCAAAGACUGGUCAUCGUUUUAUCCCUAAAAUGUGCCUGACUCCCAGCUCAAAUACUAUUGUGGCUGGAUAUGCAAAUUACAUUGAUAUAUUGCACAGGGAAGGGAACCAAACAGAAUUUGAGGCCUUGCAUGUGCUGGAUACCGAGAAAGAUGUUAACCACCUAAAACUAUUCACAAACAACUGUGAUUCCGACUCGGGGAUUCCCUCUGUGGUGUUCUCAACAGCUCACACUGUGAGUGUCUACACAUUGCUGUCUCGGGGGUCAGGCUAUGUUGGUCAGCGGUCAGAGAUUCAUAAUAUCUUCGGGGCCUCUAUUGACCAGGUGGACACAAAGCCAAGCGAGGGAUGGCUGGGUGCUGCCCUAGGAAUAGGCUUGUGGGGAGGGUUCUCAGACAAACUGCAGGUAAAGUUGUAUGACCUGUCCAGUGGCAAGCUGCUUCACUCUCUUGGUGGCCACAGCUGGCUGAUCACAUGCAUGAACAUGUUUGAGAGUCCGCAUCACGAGUUGGUCACUGGGUCAGCUGAUCGCAAUGUUCGAGUAUGCGACGUGCGAGCGCCAGACCCCGUUGUGAUGUCCUAUUUUGUGAGGGCAGUGGUCUCUUGUGUUCAAAUGGACCAAUGGAAGGUUGUCUCGGGCUCAGAAGAUGGUUUUGUACAGGUCUGGGAUCGACGCAUGAAGUCCAAACUGUGGGAGUACAAUAACAGACACCCAGUUCGUUACGUCCACUUCAAAGACAGAUCGCUGAUUGUCGGCAACGUUUCCUCCGAUUUAACUCCCCAGUUUGAUGAUUUAGAAAUUGCAACACAUAGAAGGUACCGAGGGUCAGUGUCUGUGUAUGACUUCCUGACGGACCUGAGCCCGCGGGAGGUGCCGGAAGUAUGCCUCUCCACUUACGACCAGCCAGAAGCUUCUAGAUACAAUAUCGGUCUCGCUGUGCCUUACGAUACUCUGCAGUUUUAAAUAUUAUUUUAUCACUUUCAAUGGCGUGUUGUAUUUAAUAUCUACGAAAAUUAACAGCCAAUAUGUGCAGUUCAUGUAUACGUUUGUAUAUUUUAAAAAACACGGUGUUUGUAUGUAGGUUCAUUAAUUUACGAUAAUCUGCAGGUUUUUAAGUAUUUUAUCACAUUUGAUGGCGUUUUGUAUUACAUCUCUACAUACAGUAACACGUUUACAGCCAAUGUUUUCAGUUCAUGUAUACGUUUUUAUAAUACAAAAACACGAUCUUUGUGCCUGUUUCAACGUUUUUAGUCAUGCCGUAAUAUAGGAUACAAUCAAUUUACAAAGACAUGUACAUGCAUAUACUUAUUUUAACACAUGUCUUAACUAUGUCAAAUCUAUCAAUACAAAAAACUUAAUUGCUAUAUAAUUUCUUCUUCCUUUUUAGCACAUUAUACUUUACUUAAAUACUUUUGUAUAAAUAUUUAUGUACAUAAGAGAUACUUAACCAAAAAGGUUUCAGAUUUACAACUUCACUUUAAUUAUUAUUUCAGUGUUCAAAUAACAUAAAACUGUAUUAUGUAAGAUUUGCUAGUCGCAUUUACAAUCGACAUUAUACACAAAAAUGUUCAUUUAAACAAAGAGUCAUGAUUACAACACAAUCAAAUACAAUUUGUAAUCCAAUAUGCUUAUACAAAAACCAACUUAAAAAAGUAAACACAAUUUGCAAGUUGCAUCAGUUGGUUACCUGGUAAAAGGCAUGUUUUAAUACAAUUAUCAAUAACAUAUAUAAUAAGAGUUGCAAGGUUGACAACAGUUAUUUUUUAAUAUACUAUAAAUGAAAUGAUGAAUUACAUAUUAGUCUUAUAACUGUCCAAUAUUCUCCUUUAUUGGAUUCACUUGGUGUGUUUGCAUAAAUAGUUAAAUCAGAUCUUAGGCUAGCUUUAAAUCCUGAAAAUUUGGGAUAACUUCUUUCCAGUUGCAUUCAAAAAUGUACUAUUUUUUCUUCCAUGAAAAAAUUUAGUAUUUGUCAUGUCAUGGCUCAUUUGUAUCACCCAGAAGUGACAUUUUGCAGUUUAUUACUAUUUGUAUAUUUGAAAUGUUUAACAGAUCAGAGAUAUCUUUAUUGAGUUUUUUGUACUGCAUUACAGUCCCAGAAUAAAUGGGUAAUUGACUCUUCCGACAUUUUGCAAAAAGUGCAUGGAUUAAUAGCCGACAAGCCCAUUUUAAAAAGAAAGGAGUUUGUGCCCAAUAUUCUGUGGAUAAUCAUUGCUUGUAUGGAAUAAUUUUCAAUGUACUAGUAUUCAUUCGAUUUUGUUUGGCAUGUUGGGGUUUCAGAGUUCCAUUAUAGCAUAUUGUGUACUUGCUGCACGAGUUUAGAAUUAUUUGUUUUAUGUAGAUCGACAAAAUGGGAUAUGAAUGUACUUUAUACUGUUCUUUUGUGAUAUUUUUUACUAAAGCAAAGUAUGCAGAAAGAAUCUUGUGUAUGCCUUCAUUAUGCAAAAAGUUUACCGGUUUUUAUACGCCCGUCUAUGACGGGACGUAUUAUGGUAUACCCCGCGUCUGUCCGUCCGUCCGUCCGUCUGUCCGUCCGUCCGUCUGUCCGUCCGUCCGUCCGUCUGUUAAUGUUGUACGCUACGUCAAAUAUCCUUUGACAGAUUUUCUUCAAAUUUUAACACAAUCUUAAUAUUGAUAAACCCUGAUCCCCUUUCGUUUUUGACGGAAUUCUGAAUUGUCGUUCCAGAGUUAUGGGACUUUGUUCGUCAAAAUUUCGUGAUUUCAUUGAAUGUCCUACUGUAGCUCAAAUAUCCUUCGAUGGAUUUUUUUUAUUUUUUUUUUAGUAUCCCUGAAAAAUUGAACAAGGUGAGCUUUUUUCUAUUCCGAUUGUACACUACAUGUACCACUUACCCAUCUACAUUUCUCUUUUAUUAUUGGUCAAAAUAUCUAUAACAGGUUUACUUCAACUCCAUAUCCUCUAAAGAAAUGCAUACAUAUACUCAAAAAAAGAUAUGGUAUGAAUGUCAAGGAGACGGCGCUCCAUGCUCAUGUACUUAUAAAAUAAACCAUGUAUUCAAAUACAAAUAAACUGAAGUAAAAAAAUGAUUCAAAGGGUUAUUUAUUACCUUACUACUUCAUUGGCGAACGACGGGCGUAUCAUGCGCUCAUGGCGCAGCUCCUCAGUUUCAUUUUGAUUUGUAGCUCUUGUAGUGACAUAAACGGUCCACGGUCUUCAAUAAUAUCUUUAAAAUACUGAAUGUCAUUAUCACACUAAUAUUUUCAAAAAUAUAUAUAUUGUUGAUUUAUAAACAGUUGUUGAAAUACAGAGUUAUAUCUGACAGUAUAUCUAUAGAAUCUAUGCAGAUACUUUUAACAUAGUCAGAAUAUAUUUUGAGAACAUCAAUCCAAAAUGUGUUGGUUAAUCUGUUUAUAGCCGAGAUUGCAUAUAAACAGCCUGUAUUACAUAGCGUGUUAAAAUCUAUAAUCUUUCUAGCUAAGGAUGUACAUUUAUUCUGGCCUUGAAUAACUUUUCCUAUCCAUGAUAAUUUUACAUUUUUCAUAAAUUCAAUUAUGUUCACCAUUUUAAGUAUCCGUUAUCAAAUAGCAUCUCCGGGUUGUAACAAAGAGACGAAAAGGUGAAUAAAUAAUAGAAGUAUCAAGGUCUUAACAACAGUUAUUCAUGUAUUCAUGUUCAUAACGUUAAGACUGAUGCAGUCAUAAGGGUCAACCAUUGCAUGUGUAGUAGCGUUAUUUCGAUUCUUGCUUUCCAGUUAUGAGUUAACCGUGGUCACUUAAUGUAGCUUUUGAAGAUGAAACCCGAACAAGGAUUUUUGUCGACCUUUAAAUUCUUCGAGCUCCAGCAAUUUAUUUCAAGAGACUAAACUUAGUCAAAUCGCCGUGAUAUCUCAAGUUAUGUCAUUUAAUAAUUCUUUGCAAUUCUUAAAUAAACACUUUAAUUAUU